AUGACGUCGACGUUGUCAUCCACAAUGAACCCCUUUCAACUAGCUAGAAAAGAACUGAAAGAGCAGCUGGAUCGUUUUGCCACCACCUUCGAAGCAAAGAUGGAUGCGGUAGUCGAGAUGCUCAAUCGUCACCCUAAUGUCAUGUACAAGAAAGUGGAUCUGCUGAUCGAGAAGACAAUACCAGAAUCCAGGCAUGUCUCUUUGCUCGUUCAAAAAUAA